GCCAACGCAGCCUUGAUGGUAGGAUAUUCAUUUAUUGAAUACAUAUAAAGCUGCCUCAUUGGUUCUGUGUUCGAAGGCUGGUGUAAACUAAUCUCAUUCUCCUUCCUCUUCUUUGACUUGGGGUCGGUUUGACGAAAGCUUAAUUCCAAUUUAAUUAUCACCAUCCUCAAAAGAGGCCUAUGAUUUUCAUCAUAUGCUUAUAUACCAAGCAUGAUCAAGAAGGAAGAGGCGAUAGAAACCGCGAAGAAGAUGAAGAAGCUUGAAGCCCUUCUUGAGAUGGUUGAGCAUGCUGUGGAUGAAGGAGGCAUUAUCUCCCCCUGCGGUAGUUGUUCUAUCUUAGUAGGACUUUCAAUGGUCCUUUAUAAAUUUUGCAACCAUGAAUUGUCACUGGCCAUCGCACGGUCCCGUUGGAAGGGCGUCCUCUAUCGGGUAUCUCUUUCACAUCGGUUCUGUGUUCGAAGGUUGGUACAAAUCCUUCUGCUAAUGCUAGCAUUGCCUGUUCUAAUUAUAGUGACACACAUAAUGUGUCACUAGCACUAGAGGUAUUCUAAAAUACCUCCUUUUGCCAUUUAGCCAUCUAGUAAAAACAAAAAGCUAAACUAAGUGAGUGCAAAAUCUCCAUGUUUGUUAGAUGCAGAAAGCAGAAUGCCAGAUGAAAUGUAUUCUAAUGUGCUUUUGUGAGUGCUAGCUGAAUUUUUGGAGGUUAAUAAAGACAUAAUCCUUAA